AUGGACCUUGAUCGAUUAACGCAAGAAUCAUCAGCGUCCUCAUCCUCCCCAACACCAUCAUCAUCACCGAAUAACAUUGGCUUUUCUUCUCCCAAAACCAAAGAAACUGACUCUCCUUCAGAGUUGAAUCAAUACGCAAAGCAAAAGCUCAACGAAUUGUACUUGUACUGGCUCGGUCAGCAGGAAUCACAAAACUUAAUGUAUCAAUAUACCGAUUCGUUUAGCAAUGCAAUACUUUCCUCUUCACCACCACUUGAAAAUCAUAACGGAAAUAGUAUGGAUGAAUCAUUAAGUUCUUCAUCUCAGCAGCAGACAUCGAGUAGUAACAGUAGCGCAAAUACUAACUUCAAUGCAACCACGGAUAACAUCAUUGGUGGCUAUGACCAGCAUACUGAAAGAAAGAAUCCAAUCAUGCCCAUGGAGGAAUUGGCACAUCAUCCUUCAACCAUUUCCCUCUCCCAUAUCAAAUCGUCAUCUCCUCACAAUGCAGCUGAACUGUUGUCCUUUCAGAGACAAAACCUCAAUUCUAGUCUCCACGAUCGACACACCUUGUUAAUGGGAUGUGGAGACAAUCGAUCAUCCUCACUCAAGAGCAAUGCCAAUCCAUUUCACUCUCCUCCUCACCCUCACCAGCAGCAACAACCACAACGAUCGCCACACUCCUCUCCCAAAAUAUUUUCCUCCGCGCCUAGAUCCUCAUCAUCUCCAUCCACCUCAAAAUCCUCAUCCACUGCAUCUCAAGUGCUUGUGGAUGAAGUGGACUUUUCAGUCUCUUCCAUUCAGCACAAGCUUUCCACACAUGAAAAUCAUCACCAUCAUUCUUCACAUCCUCACCCUGCUUCCUCAACUGUGAAUAACAAUGACCCACCCUGUACUACCACCCUUCAUGACCCCUAUGGAAAUGUUGUGUCAAUCUCCAGCUCGCUGCAACACGUUACUCCACACUCAUACAAUUCUUCUGUCUCGCUCCCGACAGCAUCUACUUCGUGCUCAACGCCUCCAAAAUCACCUCUCCAUUCACCAACAAGAUCUCACAAACCAGCUGUACAUUUAGAAACAGAACCUCUUCAGUUCAACUCAUCUGCUCGCAGAAAGCUUAACUUUUCUGAUGAGCUCGAGUUAGGAAUCUCUUCAGACCCAACCGGCCAUAAAACAGGUCUACUCCAAAGAAAACUUCAGGAAUUACAAAAUGUUGCAAGUAAUUAUGAAAGCCAGAAAAAGAAGAUGAAAAUGUCAGUGGACGAAGCUUCUUUUUCUCAAAUUCCUAGAUUUUAUUUUCCAAAUGAAAAGUCACAAACAAGCGAAAAGUUAAAACAAGACAUUUACAAGAUUAAGAGUUUCUUUUUAGAUCAUCCUUCAGGAGUUGCCUUAGAACAUUUUGGAAAGGUUGUAACUGAUAUUUGUGAAAUGCCAUCCUUUUUCAAAAGCCAUAUUUUUAUGAGAAUUGACGAGCUUGGAACUGGCUCAGUAACGUGCGAAAUGUUUGAAGAGUACUAUCGAAAACAUUUACAAUUUGACAAUGAAAGUUACAGGUACUUUAAUGUCAUCAAGCAACAGAAAAAUGAUUUUAUCAUCCCGCAAGAUUUUGAGAUUAUCAUGAGAGAGCUGUUGGCAGUACAUCCUGGUUUGAGAUUUCUAGAAUCAACCCCAGAUUUUCAAGAAAAGUAUUUGGAAACUGUCAUUAUUCGAAUUUUCUACACGUUAAAUAGAUCUGGAAAUGGAAGAAUUUCAUUAAGGGAGCUCAAAAAUAGCCCGCUCGUCGAUGCUUUUAAAUUAUUAGAUCGGGAACAAGAUACCAACAACGAAAUUAACUUUUUUGCGUAUGAACAUUUCUAUGUCCUAUAUUGUAAAUUUUGGGAAUUGGACACUGAUCGAGAUGGUAUGCUGUCAAAAGAAGAUCUCAUGGCAUAUGGUGAUAAUUGUUUGACAGAGUUUAUUGUCGAUCGAAUAAUGGGAGGUAAUGGAAAAAAGCUUACCGCAAAAUUACCUGGUAUGAUGUCCUAUGAAGAUUUUAUUUGGUUUUGCCUUUCAGAAGAGGACAAGACCACUCCCGUUGCGCAAGAAUACUGGUUCAGAUGUGUAGAUAUUGAUGGUGACGGAGUGUUAAGCCUUUACGAGCUUGAACAAGUGUUUGCAGAGCAGAAGGAGAGAAUCAAACAAUACGAUCCAGAAAUUUCGUUUAACGACGUCCAUUGCCAAAUUAUUGACAUGCUAAAACCAAAAAAUCGAGAUGCUAUUACCCUUUCUGAUGUCAAACGAUCUAAAAUGUCUCCGGUAUUUUUCAACAUCUUGUUCAAUUUAACCAAGUUCUGGUUGGUUGAGCAAAAAGGUACUCUGGGAACCACCAGCAGUAAUGUAUGGGCUCAGUAUGCAAAAGAAGAAUACCAGAGGUUGAUUUCUGAAGACGAGGAAGAGCAAGCCGUCGACAUGGUUGAUGACGAAGAAAUGGAUAAGGAUGAUCUUGUUGACGAAAAAGAAGCGUGGGAAUUGUAG